GCACAAACCUCAUUUCAUUGGUCGUUGGCUUAGGCGGCAAGCGGCAUUUUGUUUUUUGUAAUUUAGUACCGUUUCGGUUUUCAGCGGGAACGCACGCGCCUUUUUCCUAAUUUCCCGCCGAAAUAUUUUCGGUUAAAAAUUACGUGUAACCGUUUGAAAUAUACAAUUUGUUUUUAGAUUUUCAGUUUCAAACGAUAUUAAUUGGUUAUUUAACAAAUAUUAAUUGAAUAUUCGAAGAAAAACAGCACAAAUGCCUGAGGUCCACGUCGCCUUCGAGAGCUCAGGGAGAAAACCUGGUCUCGAAAUUUGGAGAAUCGAGGAUUUCGAGCCGGUCCUGGUGCCCAAGCAGCAAUAUGGAAACUUUUACUCUGGAGACUCUUAUAUUGUCCUUAAUACGUCAGGAGAUAGCCCAAACCUCAACUGGGAUAUUCACUUUUGGCUCGGCAACAACACAUCCCAGGACGAGGCGGGCACAGCCGCCAUUUUGACUGUCAACCUGGACGACAACCAGUUCAGUGGAGCUGCAGUUCAACACAGAGAGACCCAGGGUUAUGAGUCGAAGCAGUUCUUGGACUAUUUCCCUCCAGCCAUCCGCUACUUGGACGGCGGCCAUGCCUCCGGGUUCAGCCACGUGACCAUAAAUGCGGGCUCCGAGAAGAGACUCUUCCAGAUCAAAGGCAACCGUAACGUCAGGGUGCGACAGGUGGAAGCAUCCGUGUCGUCAAUGAACAAGGGAGACUGUUUCAUUCUAGACGUGGACCACGACAUCUUCGUGUUCGUCGGCCAGAACUCCAAGAACAAGGAGCGGAUUAAGGCCAUCUCCGUGGCCAAUCAGAUCAGGGACCAGGACCAUAAUGGCAGGGGCAAUGUUGAGAUAAUUGACCCGUUCUCUGACGGGCACGACACAGCAAAUUUCUUCUCCGCACUCGGCUCGGGAGACCUGGACUCUGUUGCCGAGGCGUCUGCAGGCGGCGAUGAUGAGGAAUUCGAACGUGGUGACGUGAAAGAGGUUACUCUUAGCGAGAUAUCUGAUAACUCUGGUUCUAUGAAGAUCACCAAGCUGCCGUCUCCUGUCAAACGGGAACAACUCAACUCCAAGGAAUGCUACGUAUUGGAUACUGGUAGCAGUGGUAUCUUUGUUUGGGUCGGCAGGCAGUCCAAUGAGAAGGAAAAGGCUGAAGCCAUGAACCGUGCCCAGCAAUAUUUGAAAGCGCACAAUUUACCUCCUUGGGUGCACGUGUCCAAGGUCCCCGAGGGCCUGGAGCCCACCGCCUUCAAACAGUAUUUCGAAGAUUGGAACUAAAUACAAAAAUACUUGCAUUUAUUUUUAUAGUGUUCAAAUGUUGCCCGCGGGGCUUCGCUCCCGUGGGAAUUUUGAGAUAAAAUAUAGCCUAUAGCGAUCUUGGAUAACAUACCUUUCUAAUGGUGAAAGUUUUUUUCGAAAUCGAUUCGGUAGUUUCGAAGACUACCCGCCUCAAACAUUCAAACUCACAAACGCCUUACCUCUUUAUAAUAUUAGUAUAACUUUGGAUAACAGGCGAUUGAUUUUGACAAGAUGAGAGUUAAUAUUUUUGUUUAUAUAAAAAAAAAUCGUAUUUUUUAUAUAAUAAACAAUUAAAGUUUUUUUUUGAGGUGAAAACUUCUUAAGCAACGGCGUUAACGGCGUAAAGGUACACACCUUUUGUUAUGUUAAAGUCGCGUCAGGACACGUGACUUCGUAAGACUUCAAAAAUGCACAACGUUAAUAUUUCAUUCAAGUCUUCACUUCUACCGGCGCGCCCGGGGUACAACUCAUAUUUCAAUUUAUAAUUUUAUAUUUGUUUUUGGUCUUUCAUACAAAUUGUACACAAUUAACUACAUAACUAGUAUGUAUGUGAUAUUUAUUAUUGUGAGACUUUCUGUAUUAUGAGAUCUGUUUGUUAAUAAAAUUAAAA